UCCCUGCGCUCUGCCUUUCAGGACACCAGGAGAAAUGGCUGACUGCUCCACCCUUCAGUUUGUCAGCCCCUAUGCCUUUGAAGCAAUGCAGAAGGUGGACGUUGUGCGUUUAGCAGCCCUGAGUGACCCUGAGCUCCGGCUGUUGCUGCCUUGCCUGGUGCGGAUGGCCUUGUGUGCCCCAGCUGACCAGAGUCAGAGCUGGGCUCAGGAUAAGAAGCUGAUCCUCCGCUUGCUUUCUGGAGUGGAAGCGGUCAACUCCAUUGUGGCCUUGCUGUCAGUGGACUUCCACGCCUUGGAGCAGGAUGCCAAUAAAGAGCAGCAGCUCAGGCAUAAGCUCGGAGGAGGCAGCGGCGAGAGCAUCUUGGUGUCUCAGCUGCAGCACGGCCUGACGCUGGAGUUCGAGCACAGCGAUUCCCCUCGUCGGCUCCGCCUGGUGCUUAGUGAGUUACUGGCAAUUAUGAACAAGGUGGCAGAUUCCAAUGGGGAGUUUUUCUUCAAAUCGUCCGAGCUGUUUGAGAGCCCCGUUUACCUGGAGGAAGCCGCUGAUGUGCUCUGCAUCUUACAAGCAGAGCUGCCUUCGCUGUUACCAAUUGUGGACGUAGCCGAGGCUUUGCUGCAUAUUAAGAAUGGCGCCUGGUUCCUGUGCCUCUUGGUGGCCAAUGUUCCCGACAGUUUCAACGAAGUCUGUAGGGGCUUGAUCAAGAACGGCGAGCGGCAGGAUGAGGAAAGCUUUGGAGGCCGCCGGAGGACCGAGGCGCUCCGCCAUCUGUGCAAGAUGAACCCUUCCCAGGCAUUGAGGGUCCGCGGCAUGGUGGUGGAAGAGUGCCACUUGCCAGGCCUCGGGGUGGCCUUGACUUUGGAUCACACGAAGAACGAGUCUUCAGAGGACGGCGUGAGCGACCUCGUGUGCUUUGUAAGCGGCUUGCUGCUUGGGACCAACGCGAAAGUGCGGACUUGGUUUGGAACUUUUAUCCGGAAUGGGCAACAGAGAAAAAGGGAGACCAUCAGCUCCGUCCUCUGGCAGAUGAGAAGGCAGCUGCUGCUGGAGCUGAUGGGGAUCCUCCCCACGGUCCGCAGCACUCACAUCACGGAAGAAGCAGAUGCCGACAUGGAGCCGAACGUGUCGGUCUAUUCGGGCCUGAAGGAGGAGCAUGUGGUGAAAGCCAGCGCCCUCCUGCGUCUCUACUGCGCGCUGAUGGGGAUUGCCGGUUUGAAGCCCACCGACGAGGAGGCCGAGCAGCUGCUUCAGCUCAUGACGAGCCGCCCCCCAGCCACGCCCGCCGGUGUCCGCUUUGUCUCCCUCUCCUUCGGCAUGCUGCUGGCCUUCUCCACCCUAGUCAGCACUCCGGAACAGGAGCAGCUAAUGGUGAUGUGGCUCAGCUGGAUGAUCAAAGAAGAAGCAUAUUUUGAGAGCACGUCCGGAGUGUCGGCUUCCUUUGGGGAGAUGCUCUUAUUGGUGGCCAUGUACUUCCAUAGCAACCAGCUCAGCGCCAUCAUCGACUUGGUGUGUUCCACUCUGGGAAUGAAGAUUGUGAUAAAGCCGAGCUCGCUGAGCCGCAUGAAGACCAUCUUCACGCAGGAGAUUUUCACUGAACAGGUUGUCACCGCUCAUGCGGUCCGUGUGGCUGUCACUAGCAACCUGAGCGCCAACAUCACCGGAUUCCUGCCCAUCCACUGCAUCUACCAGCUUCUCAGGAGCCGGUCUUUCACCAAGCACAAAGUCUCUAUCAAGGACUGGAUUUACAGGCAGCUGUGUGAAACCACCACUCCGCUUCAUCCCCAGUUACUUCCUCUCAUCGAUGUCUACAUCAACUCAGUUCUUACCCCAGCCUCAAAAUCCAACCCAGAAGCCACAAAUCAGCCAAUCACAGAGGAGGAAAUUUUAAACGUUUUCCAAGGACUCACUGGGGGAGAAAACGCUCGUCUGAGUCAGCAUUACGGCAUCACAGCCCAGCUUCUGGUCCUGUAUUACAUUUUGUCUUACGAAGAGGCGAUCCUGGCCAGCUCAAAGACACUGGCUGCCAUGCAGAGGAAGCCCAAGUCUUACUCCUCCGCGUUGAUGGACCAGAUCCCAAUCAAGUACCUCAUCCGGCAGGCUCAGGGGCUACAGCAGGAACUGGGAGGCUUGCAUUCGGCCUUGUUGCGUCUCCUGGCGACCAACUAUCCCCACCUCUGCAUUGUGGAUGACUGGAUCUGUGAGGAGCACAUCACGGGCACGGAUGCCUUGCUGCGCAGGAUGCUCCUGACCAACACAGCCAAAAACCACUCUCCCAAGCAGCUCCAAGAAGCGUUUGCAGCCCUGCAAAGCAAUCACACCCAAGUCCUGCAGAUUCUGGAACACCUGACGCUCCUCUCGGCCGGAGAGCUGAUCCCCUACGCGGAGGCCUUGACGUCCAACAUGAACCACCUGCUGUACUUCGGAAUCCCUCGGCGGAUCCUUCAGACAGUCAACAGGCUUUGGAUGACCUUGAACACGGUGAUGCCUCGAAGGUUGUGGGUGAUGACGGUGAACGCCUUGCAGCCUUCAGGCAAGAUGGUCCGGCAGCAGAAGUAUACGCAGAAGGACCUGAUGAUUGACCCCCUGAUUGUACUCAGGUGUGAUCCGAGAGUCCACAGGUGUCCCCCUUUGAUGGACAUCACCCUGCACAUGCUGAACGGCUACCUCCUCGCUUCAAAAGCUUACCUGAGCGCUCAUCUCAAAGAAACAGCAGAGCAAGAUGUCAGGCCCUCCCAAAACAGCAUGAUGGGGCUGGAAACUACAGAAGUCACUCGAGAGGAACUCAAAAACGCCUUGCUCGCUGCCCAGGACAGCGCUGCGGUCCAGAUCCUGCUGGAGAUCUGCUUGCCGAUGGAGGAAGAGAAGCCGGCGGGCAGCAACUCCUACAGCCUCCUGAAAAGCUUUGCCGUUUCCGGCCCUGGGAAGAAACAGCUGGAAGAGGAAGAGAAGGAGGACAGCCUCCUCUGCAACCUCCGCGAGGUGCAGUGCCUCAUCUGCUGCCACUUGCACCAGAUGUUCAUCGCCGAUCCCAACAUCGCCAAACUGGUUCACUUCCAGGGUUAUCCAAGUGAGCUGCUUGCGCUGACAGUGGCUGGCAUCCCAUCUAUGCACAUCUGCCUGGACUUCAUACCUGAGCUGAUCGCUCAACCUGAACUGGAGAAGCAGGUUUUUGCCAUCCAGUUGCUUUCUUAUUUGUGUAUCCAGUAUGCGCUGCCGAAAUCCCUCAGCGUGGCCCGCCUGGCUAUCAAUGUCAUGGGGACGCUCCUCACAGUUUUGACCCAGGCGAAGCGGUUCACCUUCUUCAUGCCCACCUUGCCCUGCCUGGUCUCCUUCUGCCAAGCCUUCCCUCCGCUCUACGAGGACAUCGUCUCACUGCUCAUCCAGAUCGGGCAAGUCUGCGCUUCGGACGUUGCCACAGCAACAAGGGAUUUUGACGCCAUCAUCACACGUCUCCAGCAGCUGAAGGAGAAGCCGUGCGAGCGGGCAAGACUCCUGAAGGAACCAGCUUGUAAAACUGGAGCCGGAGAUGGCGGCAGCACAGACCCCAACGUCCAGCUCUGCCACUGCGUGGAGAGCACCUUCGUCGACAUGAUUAACAUGAGCAUGGGCGGAGUUUAAGCAAGGCAGAAAAGAGAAGGACCGCCACCAAUCGCUGAGAUGUACGAUGACUUCUUUUUGGUUUGAAGCGGAUCAGAGAGAAAUGAAGAACGGGACUGGAACACGAAGUGUCUUUCCCAUCCGUCCGUUCAGAUUGAACACAGACACGUCUGUUUGGGGGGGUCAGACACCUGCCUCGAAAGGAACUAUCAGCACUCAAAAGAAAGUCUGAGAGUGGAGCAGGCCGGCAGGGAAAGGCAGGAAUGCCUUUCACUCAUACGUUCUUUUGGGGGGGAGAGGGAUAUCUGUCGGCCGUGGUCGGCACAAGCAGGCCGUUCCAGGAAGGGUGCCGAGUCAUACAUCCAGGAGACUCCCUGAGUUUCUCCCAGCCCUGGGACGCUUGGAACUUUCGGAUUCGUGAGAUGAGGAAGGAGGUGGGGGAAACGGGGUUCAUUUUGGCUCUUCCUUCCUCUCAUGCAGGUGGUUAUUUUUUGGGGGUGGGGGGAGGGUCAGCUGUGGCUGUGGAGUUCCUCUGCGAGGCAAACCAAGGAUGCACUAGUUGGCCUCUUACCCAGAUUCAGCACGCUGGCUUUACGUUGCCUGUCCCUCAUGUACGGAGACCUCUCCUUGUCAGAUUUCUACUCCAGGUUUUGUGCUGGCUUUUUAAGCUGAAUAGAUAACAUUCUGCAAGGAUGGAGGUUUUUUGAAAAACCAAUCCAGCUUUUAAAAUGUGUACAAUUGUAACUGUUUUUUGGUAAUGACGUUAACCAAUCUCUUUUAAAUGUCUUUGGCACUUGUUACAGAGCCGAAUGUGUAGAUUGCUCUGUGCCCUGUCUCCUUGCACUCAGGUUUGAAUGUUCAUAUUGAGGGGGAAAAACAUAAAACCCCUGUGCCCAUGUGAAUUCACAUGGGAAUGCCCUUGUGAAUUAUUCUGAUACACACGUUGAGAAGCUGGUCUUUGAAGGACCACGCCCAGCAGCCAAAAAUACCCCCCAAAAAGCCCAUGGCUCAACUUCCCCGCCAAUACUAAUAAUGUUGAUACAGUCGUUUAAAAACACAGAUCUGUAGUGAAUGAUUAAAGGAAACAGAGAUGAACCAUAGAGGGAUUUUUUGACAAUAAAGGGACAUUGUGAAGUGUUUCAUAUAUCCGAAACAAAAAAAAGACAUGUCGGGAGUUAACGUUUUGGUGUGGACGUGAGUCUUGCGCACUAUGGACAAGUGCUGUCAUUUCUUUCCAUGGGGUUUCCAAGAACAAUCUUAAAAUACUUAGCUCAGAAUUUCCGGCUUUUUUCUUUUUUUUUCUAAGAGACCAUCCGAAAUGGUUUUAUGGAGGAUGCUGACACUUAGGAAUACAGGGAUCAGUCACAUGGACCUAGACACAGAUCUGCCAACCCCCCCCCCCCUCCCCGAAAUACCAAAAGAGAGAAUGUGUGUGUGUGGGGGGGGAGGAAUCUGUGGCUGUGGAAAAGAGUUCUUGCAAGAUGACUGGCAGCCCUCCCUGGUCAAAGCGGGCUUCCCCGAAAACUACAUCCGUAUCAGUGUUUUGAUUUGAUUUGGGAUAAAGAUUUAUUCCCAGACGUUUAGAUGACUGUGUGGCAUAUUUUUCAAGCUGUUCCCCCACGGAUGUUAAUUUCACAUCAGGACUCCCAAUUGGGUUUUGAAAAUAUUCUUUUAGAAAUGCUAUUUUGUCCUUUAGAGUUCUCAAUGUGCUUCACUGGGGAGAGCGCCAAUGCAGACCAACGUCGUCUUCUGUAUGCUGCAAACUUGCCCGUUGUGCUUUAUAUUUUUAACAGGCUGGAGCGUGAUUUGUUACAGCUCCAGGUGUAGAAAUGUGUAUAUAUGUUGGUAUACAUUUGUUGUCUUGUUGCAGGGGGGGCCCUGCAACGUUUACAUGCCAUUGGUGGUACUGUGUUUAGUUUGGAAAGAUGUAUCUUAUAAACGUUUGUGCUGUUUCAGUGGGAUUUUUA